UUCUCCUUCCUUAUUGGCUAUAAUCUCCAUUUUAUCCUUUUUAUUUUAUUUCCCUAUCUUUAAGGCAAAACGUAAUAAAGACAUUCUGUUCUUCUUCUUCUUCGGCUGAGAGGUAAUGGCGGAGGAGCAAAAGACGAGUAAGGUUGACGUAGAAUCUCCGGCGGUUGUAGCUCCCACGAAGGAAGCGGCACCUCCUGCUCCGGUUGAAGUGGCGGAGGAGAAAGUUCACAAUCCACCUCCUGUCGAGUCCAAAGCUCUUGCCGUUGUUGAAAAGCCCAUCGAGGAGCAUACACCGAAGAAAACUUCAUCUGGUUCGGCCGAUAGAGAUGUGAUACUAGCAGACUUGGAAAAGGAGAAGAAAACGUCAUUCAUCAAAGCAUGGGAAGAGAGUGAGAAGUCAAAAGCUGAUAACAGGGCACAAAAGAAGAUAUCUGAUGUGCAUGCCUGGGAGAAUAGUAAGAAAGCCGCCGUAGAAGCUCAACUCAGGAAGAUCGAAGAAAAACUAGAGAAGAAAAAAGCACUCUACGGAGAGAAAAUGAAGAAUAAAGUAGCUGCAAUUCACAAGGAAGCAGAAGAGAAGAGAGCAAUGGUUGAAGCUAAAAAAGGAGAAGAGCUUCUCAAAGCUGAAGAAAUGGCUGCUAAGUAUAGAGCCACUGGUGUAGUACCAAAGGCAACUUGUGGAUGUUUCUAAGUCUUUAUUAAAUUUGUCUAUCAGGUCAUUGUUUGUAACAAUUCAUCUCUGUUUCUUUCUUCUCGUCUUUUUUUUGUGCGUGUGUGAUUCAACAACUUUUUUUUAUAGUUUUUGGUUAUUUGUUUGGUUGCUCGGGUCUUGUUUGUAUAUUGGGUGAUUAUGUGUAAAAAACAACAUUGAAGUGAAAGAUUUUAUGGAGUACAAUCGUACGAAGCAUCAA